AUGGUCGAUCUCGGUCUGCGCCGCAAGUUCCAGUGGCAGUUCUACGUUGCGGACGUCGGGCGGCCCAUCAUCGGAGCCGAUUUUCUGCGGCAUUUCAACCUGUUAGUGGACCUGAACACGCGAAGGCUACUGGACAACUCGACGCAGCUCGCCGUCCCCGAAAAAGUGAGCAAAGUUGCAGCACCAACACUCUCGAUGGUAAGCGUUUACCUCAAGUACCACGAGCUCCUCCGGGAGUUUAUCGACAUUACCAAGCCAAUGCCGAAGAAGGUGGGCAAACACGAAGUAUACCACUAUAUUGAGACACGUGGCCCCCCCCCCGUAGCAGAGCGGGCCAGAAGGUUGACGCCUGAAAAACUCAGGGCCGCCAAAGCGGAAUUCGAACGCAUGCUCGAACAAGACAUCUGCCGGCCAUCCUCCAGCCAGUGGGCCAGUCCUCUGCACCUUGUAGCCAAAACGACCGGGGAAUAUCGGGCAUGCGGAGACUACCGACGCCUCAACGGAAUCACGAUUCCGGAUCGUUACCCACUCCCACAUCUGCACGAUUUUACACACCACCUCCGCAGCUGCACCGUGUUCUCAAAGGUCGACCUAACACGCGCGUUUUACCAGGUUCCCGUAGCGCCGCAAGACAGACCUAAAACCGCAGUAAUCACCCCGUUCGGCUUAUUCGAAUUCGACGUAAUGACUUUUGGCUUGCGCAACGCAGCACAAACAUUUCAGCGGCUGAUGGACACGGUGCUCCGCGGCUUGGACUUUUGUUUCGGCUAUAUGGACGAUGUGUUGAUAGCGUCGGAAGACGAAGCCCAGCAUCGGCCACAUCUACGCACAGCAUUCGAGCGUUUACGCGAGUACGGCUUAUCUAUCAACGUCGCGAAAUGCGUUUUCGGCGUAAACAAGUUAGAUUAUUUCGGACACGAGGUCACAAAAGACGGAAUUCGCCCCCUACCCGAACGCGUAGCCGCCGUGCAGAAAUACCCGCGGCCCAGCAACAUAUCCGAGUUACGCAGAUUCCUCGGCAUCGUGAAUUUUUACCGCCGUUUCAUGAAAAACGCAGCGCACGUACAGGUAUCCCUCGACGCACUGCUCGCGGGCACCAAGAAACGCGAUAGACGUCCCAAUCCCAUUACCUGGACGCCCGAAACCGAGAAAGCCUUCGAGGAAAAACCAAGCAGCGGCUAG